GCCAAUAUGAUUGCUCUAUUUGUUGUUCUAAGCUCAUUCACAUUUGCUUUAACAAAUGCAGAUCCUCUUCUUGAUUUCGGUGACCUUGAUCGAUACAGUUUCCCUCCUGGCUUCAUUUUUGGAGCGGGAUCAUCAUCAUACCAAGUUGAAGGUGCAACGUUCGAAGAUGGUAAAGGAGAAAGUAUAUGGGAUAACUAUACUCAUAGUCAUCCAGAAAGAAUACUCGAUGGAAGUAAUGCAGACGUCACUGUUGAUCAAUAUCACCGCUACAAGGAGGAUAUUGCAAUAAUGAAAGCUAUGAAUAUGGAUUCCUACAGAUUCUCAAUCUCUUGGUCAAGAAUACUCCCAAAGGGAAAGUUGGACGGAGGCCGUGGUAUCAAUCCUGAUGGAAUAAAAUAUUACAACAACCUCAUCAAUGAACUCAUUGCAAAUGAGAUAGAACCAUUUGUAACACUUUUUCAUUGGGAUCUUCCUCAAGCUUUAGAAGAUGAGUACGGUGGUUUCUUAAGUUCUCAGAUAAUCGAUGAUUUUCGAGAUUAUGCGGAUCUUUGUUUCACCGAAUUUGGAGAUAGAGUGAAGUAUUGGGCUACCAUAAAUGAGCCAUGGUUUUUUAGUAAUGGUGGUUAUGCAAUGGGAACAACAGCACCAGGUCGAUGUUCGACCAAUCCGGGAUGUCUUGGUGGUGAUUCUGGUACAGAACCUUAUAUAGUUACACACAAUCAACUUCUUGCUCAUGGAGAAGCUGUAAAUGUGUAUAGGACCAAAUAUCAGGAAGAUCAAAAGGGCAAGAUAGGCAUAACACUUGUAACUAACUGGUUCAUUCCACUUGGAGACAAUAGCAUACCCGAUCUAAAGGCUAGUGAGAGAGCAAUGGAUUUCCAAUUUGGAUGGUUUAUGGAACCACUAACAACUGGGGAUUAUUCUAAGAGCAUGCGAGACAUUGUGAAAAAUCGUUUGCCUACGUUCAAACCAGAGGAAUCACUUCUAGUCAAGGAUUCAUUUGAUUUUAUUGGCUUAAACUAUUACUCUUCUAGCUAUAUUAAUAAUGUUCCUCCAAAUGCCACUGCACCACCUAGUUACACAACAGAUCCUAUGACCAAUACUUCAUUUGAAAAAAAUGGAAGACCCCUAGGUCAAAGGGCUGCUUCAUUUUGGAUAUAUGUUUAUCCAAUUGGACUUCGAGAUCUUUUGAUGUACAUCAAGGAGAAAUACAACAAUCCAGUGAUUUACAUCCAUGAAAAUGGUAUGAAUGAAUUCAAUGAUCCAACACUUCCGAUAGAAGAAGCCGUUUUAGAUACUUACAGAAUUGAUUAUUACUAUCGUCACUUCUACUACAUGAAGUCAGCAAUCGAUGCCGGUGCAAAUGUUAAGGGAUAUUAUGCUUGGUCACUAUUGGACAGUUUCGAAUGGUUUAAUGGCUAUACUGUUCGAUUUGGAUUCUACUUUGUUGAUUACAAUGAUGGAUUAAAAAGGUACCAAAAGCUUUCUGCCAAUUGGUACAGAUAUUUCCUUGAAAGGCGCAAGCAUCAGUCCUAUCGUUGAUCUUAUCGUUUGAAGUUGAGGCACAUCCAAAUGUAGCACCUGAAAAAUGGUUAAUCUAAAUAGCUUCUACUUCAUUAGACGUGAAGUUAUUAGACUACUCACCUAUUAAAUAAGUGCCUUGUAGUAACAUCUAUGAUCAUAUAUAGUUGAUCUUUCAUGUAUCAGUUUCAUUUCGUCACAAAUUUGAAUAAAACUCUGUUCUAUUUCACAAA